UUUUUUCAACAUCCGGGUCACGUUAGCAAGGAGCCGUUGUCUGUUAGCUUCCUUGUGCGAGAGAAAGGCCGGUGAAAAUGCAAACAUUUGUGAUGAAUGUCGCUUUAUUCUCGUCUCUGCAGGUGUUCCUGUCGCUGUCGUGUUUUCAGGGUGUCGCCAACGCGGCCAGCGGCAGAGGGUUUGGUGAUAACAUCCACUGGAGGACGCUGGAUGAUGGCAGGAAAGAAGCGGAGGCCAGUGGGCUUCCAAUCAUGGUCAUCAUUCAUAAGAGCUGGUGUGGAGCCUGCAAAGCCCUGAAGCCCAAAUUUGCUGAGUCGACAGAGAUCUCCGAACUUGCCCACAACUUUAUUAUGGUCAACCUGGAGGAUGAGGAGGAACCAAAAGAUAAUGGCUUCAGCCCCGAUGGUGGAUAUAUUCCUCGGAUUCUUUUCCUUGAUCCCAGUGGACAGGUCCAUCCUGAAAUCACUAACAAAAACGGGAAUCCCAACUACAAGUACUUCUACAGCAGCGCAGAGCAAGUUGUGUCUGGUAUGAAGGAGGCGCAGGAGAAGCUGACGGGCGACGCCUACAAGCGGGGCCACACUGGAGACGAGCUGUGAGGAGGCAGCGCUGGGCGUCAGGCUGUAAGGGCUACACUUCCUCUGCCUGAGCUUCAGAGCACACGCGGCCUCCAAGGAGCCCUUUCUCCACCAUGCACCUACUUUAGACAGCAGACGCCAUCUUACUGACCAAACCAAGCUGACAGGUAACAGGUAUCGGUGCUGAAGUAUUUGUCCUGGAGUUUUUCCUAAACUACUACUCAUUUUCCUGUCUUUGUUUUAAAAUGUGUGAAUUUCAGGUACUGUUAAUGAAAUGCCAUAUACUGUAUUUACUGACUGUAGAGGAUAUAAUUAACUGCAAAUAGUAUCUUUAGUAUGCCAAGUUUUUACCACCUAUGUAAAAUGCCUUGUUUGUCGUUAGACAACCAUGAAGUCUUUCAGUAUGAGAAGUAGUGUUCAGCCCGAUCACCAGUUUAACAUCCACUAAUGUGCUUCCAAAGAUCCUCUACAGUACUUUAUCUGUGACGAUGCUCACCGUGCACUAUGGGAGGUUUGUACUUCAACUUUCUAAUAUACACUGUCUUUACGUAUUAAUCUUAAUCUAGACAUUUAAUCUCUACAUACUUAUCUGUAACUUGUUUUGCUGCUCGUGUUGUGAUGCCACUGUUUCUUGGGUUUCUUUUUUUUGUUCUUUCAAUGAGGGAUGGAAACGUUGGUUAAGUGUCUUGAUGUAUUUUGUACAUGUACACGGUAAAGUGUGCAAAUAAAGUAUAUUGUAUUGAA